AUACAAGAAAGGAGGGACGAGGGGGGAUUAAAGAAAUACAAGCAAAGGAAGAGAGGAGACAGAGGGGGACGGCGGCCGUCCAAGAAAAAUGCAAAUGUGAGGAUAACAAGGAGAUGAUGAUGGAUGUGAAGUGGGCGGAGAAAGAGGUGGGGGACAAGACCAAAAGGCUCUUUAGGAUCUCCAGGAUCUUGAGGUUUCGUGUUUGCUUCCCUCUAGUUCCGAUGACUACUGAAUUGUUGUAUUUUAUUGUGUACAUUCUGUCUGCCAAAACGAAUACACAACAGCCGGCCAGCACAUCUGUUGAACACAGAGAAGCAGCUGCAAACAGAUUUAACUACACAAAUGACACAACUUUUCUUCUGUCUCGUCCUGCGUUCAGCUGCAUAUGAUAAUGACAUCAGGCUGCAUAAACUGUGUUAUGCCAGGUAACACUUUCCACAUAUUGCUUUGCCCAAGCUCUCCCCCCACUCACAAUUUACAUAUUGUUCAACAACCCAGAAUGUUUUGGUGUGGUAGACCUUCAUUUACAGUCCCUCGGCCAGUUGUUUGCUGCCAGCAGCUUUAAAUCCGUGACAUUCUCAUCGGCUGUUAGCUUGUCAUUCUUCGUUUUCGUUUUUUGAAUCACAUCUCAGCUUCGACUUUUGUGCCACGGAGGACGGAUCACAUGCGACGGCAGUGGACGUACCCCCAUUCUACCCUGCUGCUCCCCAGCUACUGAGAGGUCAAGCUGAUGCACAUCUGGCAUUUCCUGUUUCCUCUCCUCCAUAUGCCCCUGAGUGGUAGAAACACAGACACACACACACACUGUGUCCUCUUCGAAAUAUGUGCAAGAUGAAGUUAUCGUAUAGCAGCAUAAAAAUAAACUCACUUAAACACACACAGACGCACACAUAUAUGUGGAAAGGUAUUUCUGUUCCAUACUCAGAAGUUUCCAUUCCAGCUGGUGUGUGUAGGAAGAGGCAAGGAGGGGUGGUGGCAGAAAAAGAGACAGUGGAGCAAAGAAUGGGGGAUGAUUAAGAAUGAGAAAUAAAUUAUGGAUCACAAAUACAACAAGAUGCUGACAUGGACCAGGAGAAUCCAACAGAAAGGCAGAAGGUGUUAGAAAAUAAAAACAAGGCAGAGAGGAGAAAAUAAGUGGAGACAAUGACAAUCUUUGCAUCUCUCAGAGCUGACAAACACUUUCCACUCCUGUGGAUGCUGUGCAGCACCAUGUGAAGGUUAAGUGUGUGUGUGACCAGAUGCGAUUGCAUGUGUGUGUCUAAAGCCAUAGGCAAGUUGGCGGGGGGGGGGGGGCAGAAUGGUGGCGUAUGGUUUUUAUAACUCUCUGAGGGUUUUCAAUUUUGAAAUCCCCCCCACACCUCGACAGACAAGCACACAGACCGAUCCGUAACCCCUCCUGCCUUCUCUUAUACACUCACACAUUUUACCAGCCCCCUCUCCCAAAUAACACACAAUUCUUUUUCCUCUACGUAGCCUCCCCCCCUUUCCCCCCUCCCCCAUCUUUCGCUCUUUCUGAGGUUCGGUCGGGAAGACAACUGUGCAGACGCCGGAGAGCCCUGGCAGGAUCAGACAAAGCAGAGGGUCCCUUACUGAAAUUCAUCACUUUCAGAUUUGGAGUGAACUCUUUUUUUGGCUCACUUAAAGGCAGAUUGCUCCAUAGAUUCAUUUUAAACCCUGGACUAUAUUGGUUCUUCCCUGGACUCCAUAUUGGACUGUACUGCACUCAACUGGACUUCACUUGACUGCAUUGGUUUUCUAUUAGAUGCACACAGGAUCUGGUAUAUUUUGCUUUUUUGUGGCAGUAGUGCUGAAAGUCUGCUGAUUAAUUGAGUUUGAAGGAUUUUUCCCAGUAGUGAUAUUUGUAUUUUUCCGACUGCCAUAAAUUUGAGCAAAAGUUCAAUUAGCUGAGAUUAUUUAUUGAAAUACCAUAAAAAGCCAAAAACUGUUUGUUCAAGUUUGUUUAAUUGACUGUGAAGUGAGUUAAUUUGGGUCAGGUUUGUUUGGGCAUUUCUCCUCUAAUAAGUUAUUUGGGUUGCCAGUGAGUUUGGAGUACUAAUUUGAAUGUUGGCCUAGUUUAAACGUCAUGUCUUGGUGGGGGAUGCAAAAGACCAUCAGGAGCGGCAGCAGCGGCAGCAGCAUGCCUCUCCUGUGUGCCCUGUGGCUGCUGAUGGUCUGUCUGGCUCCUGGAGGCCAAAGCCAGAGGCUGAGGGAGACGGGGGCGGAGCAGCCGGCGGCGAGCGGUCAGCUGGCGGAGAGAGACGCGCUUUGCCACCAGAAGGGAUGCUAUGCUGUCUUCUUCCAAAAGAGAAACUUCCGGGAGGCCGGCCGGAGCUGUCGGGAGCGAGGCGGCACCUUGGCGACGAUGCACACCGACGAGGCAGCGGCCGUGGUCCAUAAGCUGCUUUUUGCCAUCGAGGGGACCAAGUCGAGGCUUCGCCUCUGGAUCGGGCUGCACAGAUCGUCGCGCCAGUGCUCAUCCACCCGAGCACUCAGAGGAUUCGUCUGGGUCACAGGAGACCAGGAUGGCCAGUUCACCAACUGGCUCCACGAAGAGAACCCUGGGACUUGUACGGUCCCUCGCUGUGUGGCCAUGAACGUCCACACUUCUGAGAGUGGACGCGAAAGCAAGGACAACUUCCAGUGGGUCGACGGCUCCUGCGCGCUGCCGUUGGAUGGAUACGUUUGCCAGUACAUCUACAAAGGCAUGUGUCCACCACUGGAGGACGAGGGCAGCGGUCCGGCUCUUUACACCACCCCCUUUCACCUCCUCAGCUCACUGCUGACGCACGUGCCCCACAACUCCAUGGCCACUCUACCGUGCCCCACGGACGGCUCGGACCCAGAGGCUCCAGCCGAGCAGACAGUGCUGUGCACGGAGAGAGACGACAAGACGGUGGGCUGGUCCAAGGAUGCCCCGCUGUGCUCUCUGCACAGGCAGGACUGGUGUAGCCGAGAUCAUGGCUGCGAGCAGCACUGUCAGAACACGGACACAGACUACUACUGUUACUGCUCCGAGGGCUUCAUGAUAAGUGAGGACGGGUACAGCUGCGAGACGGAUUCCCUGAGACUGACUGACCAGCCCGAAUUAUCCGCUGACUCCGCCGGUCCCACUGACCGGCCCCCCGUCAACGAGGCUUGUGUGGAGAUGGGCUGUGAGUACAACUGUGUGGAGACCCAGCGGGGCACCCGCUGCAUAUGCCCCCACGGUUACCAAAUGGCCCCAGAUGGCCGCAAAUGUUCAGAUGUAGACGAAUGCCAACAGCAACCGUGCUCGCAUCUGUGUGUCAACAUCCCGGGCACCUUCCACUGCUCCUGUCCCUCCGGAUUCCAGCAAGACGAUGAGGGCGAAUGCGUGGACAUCAACGAGUGCCUCUACCCGGACAACUGUGAAGGCCUUUGUAACAACACAGUGGGGUCGUUCACAUGUACGUGUAACCAAGGGUAUGUGGUGGACAGUGAAGACAAGUGUGUGGAUCGAGAUGAGUGUGCGGAGGGGUCGCCCUGUCAGCAGUAUUGUUUCAACUUUGUGGGAGGGUACCAGUGUCACUGUGACAGUGGCUAUAACCUGCAGUCAGACGGGCUUUCCUGCAAGCCUUUGGCAGAUGAUGGGGAAUAUUCCACUCUGACCCCUGACCCCGGGGACUUCGCUGACAUGCCCGAAAUGCACCCCGACCACGAUAUUCUCUGGACCGCCUCAUUCACCCCGGACCCAAACUUCGAAGCUGACACUAACUUCGACGUUGGCUGGCUGACAGAAGCCCCUGAAGCGUUCUCCCCUGACAUGGCUCAUGGGUCAGACAAUCAUCUAAACCAAUGGGAUGCCAUGUCACCAAAGCGUUCUCAGACGGCCCCACCCCCAACGCAAAAAGACAACACGGGCAAUGAAAUUGAUAAUGAGGCUGAAGAUAAGACUAAAGGUAAUGACGGCAGAGAUAAAGGGGGAGCUGAAACCCCGAACGGGUCAGCCUCUGGAACGAGGCAAGGCGAGGGAUCUAAAGUGGACACCGCGGAGAAGGCUGGGUCUGCUGCAGGUGAACGGAAGCACAACAAGAGCUGGUUACUGGUGGCCCUGCUGGUGCCCCUGUGCGUGUUCCUCAUAGUGAUGCUGGCUCUGGGGAUUGUCUACUGCACCAGCUGUGCUGUGGACAAGAGCCUGAGCUUCUCAAACUGCUAUCGUUGGAUACUUCCUACAGCGCCUCCUGACCAGAGGAACGGCAAAACCCAAGCAUGAACCCUAAAUUAAACAAACACACACACAGAUGUUUGUUCACAUGUGUCUUGUGUAGCAGGGCUGGUCACAAAACCUACCAUUUGGAUGUAAUAGCCAACUAUUUUCUGUUGCAAAUUCCUUGUAAAUAAUUCAUUUUCUGACUGUUUUUUUUUAGAAUUCAAUAAAACCAAUAAGCUGAUGAAA